GGCCGCGCGCCCUCGCCCCGCCCCUUGGCGCGUGUCACGUGCCGGGCACUGCGGGGGCGGAGAGCGCGGGUUCGGGAACCGGGACCGACACCGGGACCGGGACAGGAGCUGCUCCGGAGACGCCGCCGGGGCUGUCGGUACAGCUAAAAGCUGAAUCUGUAAUGCACCCAUGAAUUAAUCUCACACCUCAAUGGCCUCUGUGCCAAUAAUUCCAGACACUUACAACCACGUGUUGGCAGAGUUUGAAUGUUUGGAUCCAUUGCUUUCUGCACUCAGGCUGGAUUCCAGUCGGCUGAAGUGCACGUGCAUAGCUGUGUCCAAGAGAUGGAUAGCUCUGGGCAGCUCAGGAGGAGGACUGAACCUUAUACAGAAGGAUGGUUGGAAACAAAGACUCUUCCUCACUCAUAAGGAAGGUGCCAUUUCCCGGGUUGCCUCUUGUUUACAUGAUGAAGAUUAUGUUGCUGUUGCCACCAGCCAAGGUCUGGUGGUGGUCUGGGAGCUCAAUCAGGAACGUCGUGGGAAGCCAGAACGGAUUUAUGUUUCCUCUGAGCACAAGGGCAGAAAAGUCACAGCUCUCUGCUGGGAUACAGCUGCCCUCCGUGUUUUUGUAGGAGAUCAUGUGGGAAAAGUCUCAGCCAUCAAGAUUAACACUUCAAAACAAGGGAAGGCUGCUGCUACUUUUGUGAUGUUUCCUGUUCAGAUUAUAACCACUGUAGAUUCUCGGGUUGUUCAGCUUGAUUAUUUGGAUGGAAGACUGCUCAUCUCUUCACUGACACGCAGUUAUUUGUGUGAUACUGAGAGAGAGAAGUUCUGGAAAAUAGGUAACAAAGAGAGAGAUGGAGAAUUUGGUGCCUGUUUCUUCCCUGCUGGAAAGAACAGUGGCAAUCAGCAGCCAUUAAUAUAUUGUGCUCGACCUGGCUCAAGGAUGUGGGAGGUGAACUUUGAUGGGGAAGUGCAAAGCACACAUCAGUUCAAGCAGUUGCUCUCAGCACCACCUCUCCCUGUUGUUACUCUCAGGGUGGAUCCUCAUUAUAAUACUUCCAGCUGCUCUCCACAAUCUUUAACUUUCCAUAAGCUACUGUAUUUGACUGAGCACUGUGUGAUGACCUGGACAGAAAGAGGCAUUUAUAUUUUUCUUCCCCAAAGUGUUCAAGUCUUGCUAUGGAGUGAAGUAAAAGAUAUUCAGGAUAUUGCAGUUUACAAAAAUGAGUUGUUCUGUCUGCAUACAAAUGGAAAGGUUGUGCACCUCUCCCUUCUGCUGGUCGACCGCUGCAUAGAGCGUCUGAUAAGAAGAGGGUUCUGGACACUUGCUGCCAGGGUCUGUUGGCUCUUCCAAAAUUCAGUCAUUUCUUGCAGAGCAAGAAAAAAUUUGCCUCUAGACAAGCUGGAGCACUUGAAGUCUCAGCUGGAUGCCUCAACCCACCAAGAUCUCAUUACUCAGCUGGAAGAAAUAAUUUCCAAGUUGGAACCUCUCGAUUCUGCAAGCAGCAGUAGAAGAAGCAGUAUUUCAUCUCACGAAAGCUUCAGUGUCUUAGACUCUGGAAUAUAUCGUGUUAUAAGUCGAAGAGGCAGUCAGUCAGAUGAAGACUCCUGUUCUCUCCACAGUCAGACAUUCUCAGAAGAUGAGAGACUUAAAGAAUUUCCUGCACACCAGGAAGAUGAGCAAGUAGAACUUGACAAUGUAUCUCAUGCAUCUGUGACGGUUGAGGCUGACCGGAAUGAGACAUUUCUCCCAUUCAGUAUUCCUUUGUCAUUUCGUUCCCCAUCUCCUCUCGUCUCUCUCCAAGCUGUCAAAGAAAGUGUUUCCAGCUUUGUACGUAAAACUACUGAGAAGAUUGGCACACUUCAUCUGAGUCCUGAUACCAAAGCAAGACAAGAAGUAAAAGAAGAUGAGCAGCUGCAGGAGUUGGCUACUACUCUGGUAGCAUCUCCCCAGGAAGAGAAAGAGUUAGAACCACAGAGCUGCCAGCUUUCAGAGGAAGACCAUCUAAGAGAUCUCAAGGCUGCAACAGCAGAAGCUAUAGCCAAACUCCAGGAUCCCUUGGUUUUGUUAGAACCACAGUCUCUGAGAAGGGUUUUACAGGAAUGGCUGAUCUAUCUAGAAGAAAGGUUUGGCAGCAAAGAGCAUUCCCCUUCCUCUGUUAAGGAAAACAAGAGUGUGUGUGCUGAUGAAGAGAGGGCAGUCUUGGAGGAAAACCUACAACUUCAUCCAACUAAUGGAAACACAACAGACACAGAACAGUGUAGUACCUUGGAAGACUGCACUGGAAAGGAAAACAGUGAUGAAACAUCAGUAACCAAAACCAUGUCUGGGAACAGUACUGAUCUGAAGGGACCUUUGGACUGCUGCUUUCAAGUGUCUCCUCCAUGUGUCAUAGAACCAGAUGUUCAGAAAGAUCUCACUGAGCUGACAACACUCUGUUUUGAGCUGCGUGUGUUUUCUUGUGGAAAUGGUGAGGCAGAGAAAAGCUCUGAUGGAAUUCUGCCAUCAGCAGCUCCGUGGACCUUGGCUUGUAGGUUUAUGCAAAGCUACUUCUUUCUUUUGGAUUUAAAAAGGCUAAAGCAGUGCAUUAUAACCACGUAUGCAACCACUCCUAAUGUGUGGGAAACGUAUAUUGCAGGACUGAAAGAACUAACUUGUCAUAGUCCAGUGACUUUAGCAAUGGAAAAUGAAGAUAUGUUGAAAAUACUGAAACAGCUGCAUGACCAGGGGCCUUGGGAUGAUAGCCCACUCUUACUGGUACAUGCUCAAAGGCUUUAUGAAAAAUUUGGGGAAAUAGCUCUUCGGCCCUUGAUCAAGUUCCACCCCUCUCUUUUGCCUUCUGAUAUCAAGCAGCUUUGCAGAAAUGAUCCAGCUCACUUCUUAGCAUAUUUAGAUAGUCUGGUGAAAUCAAAGCCAGAGGAAAAAAGGUCAUCUCUCCUUAGAUCUCUUCUGCAGCCUGAAUCUGUACGACUGGAUUGGUUGUGUUUGGCUGUUUCUCAUGAUGCACCACAAAGGGCAAAUACUGUGGAUGUGGAAGGAAAGCCCAGGCCACGAUCACAUUUGUUUACCUGGGGCUACAGUCAGCUCAUUCUGCUUUUGAUUAAACUCCCAGCUGAUUAUGAUACAAAAGAGAAGAUGGCUGAAAUCUGUAAAUCACAUGGAUUUUGGUCUGGAUAUCUUUUUCUCUGUCUGGAGCUGGAUAGAAGAACAGAAGCCUUUAUUAAUAUUGCUUAUUUGGAUGAUUUGAGCCUGUUGAAUGGAGAAGAUGGUUGCAUUCUGGAGACGAUAGAAGAAUGGAAGUUUCUUCUGCACCUUGCACAAAAUCACAGCACAGCUUUCCACCACCAUGGCCCACAGAAUGGGAAUGCUGUCAGCAAUGGCAGCCCAAGCUGCCCAGACUGCAUCACUGUGGAAAAUGUAGCUCUCCUACUGGCAAAGGACAUUGGGCCCAAUCGUGCCUUGCCUCUCUUGCAGGAGUGUGGCUUGACACUAGAAUUGUCUGAGAGAUUUACCAGUGUCUGUGAGAUACUGAGGAUUGCUGAGAAAAGGCAAAGAGCUCUGAUUCAGUCCAUGUUGGAAAGGUGUGACCGGUUCUUGUGGUCUCAACAAGCAUAGAAAACAACUUGGAAAACUUUGGGAAUGUUUUUAAUGAUUGUAUAUUAAUGAUUGUACGUUAAAGUGGCUCUUAAAGAAAUGAACUUCUGUAUAAAAGCUCAGUUGUAUGGAGCCAGUGUCCAUCUGGCAGGUAUCUGACUGGCAGCUGUUGACAGUUCUUCCUUAUUUCUUUGGACAUGAGUUUUGAACUCUAGAAUUUUUAUCAAAUCAACCCAGUAUUUACUGUGAAAUUAAGAUCACAGAUUUCUGAGAUGAAAACUCCAGAAUUUAUUUUCCAAGUCUGUAUGACUUCAGUGUUAAGGAUAUGAGCCCCUAGGUUUUAAAGUAUGGUUUAUAAGAUUUUUUUUUUUUAUUGGUUUGUUUGCAAACAUGAGAAGCCAUUCCUUGGAAUAUCCAGGACUGCACUUGUUUAAUUUUCCUGUGACAUUGACUUUUUCAAGUAGUGUAGAAGGACUUGGAAUGCUACUUUUUUUUUUCUUCUUCUUCUUAAAUUCACAUAAUCAUAGAAUGGUUUGGGUUGGAAGGGACCAAACUUGAGCAGUGUGUGGUGGUCACACGAAUCAGAUGAUGUUGGUGCCUGGUUUUUUACCUGCCAAAUGAGCAUGCUGCUUCCUCAGUGGCUGUUGUUCAUAACUACCUGCAUUUCAUGCAGUGUGUGUGUAGGACAGCUUCAGCUGAGAACUUGGAAAAAGUUGCCUGCCUUUCCAAGAAUGUGCCUGGCUUUUCUACGUAUGUACACAUGUACCAUAACUUAUGUAAUGGGUCUACGUCAGGUGCUCUGUGUAUUUUGUGUAUGCAGCCAUUUCUUACUUCAGUGGGGAUUUUGUACACUCAGUUAACUUUGGUUGAGGGUUAGGGCUUUUUUUUUUGUUUUUUUGUUUACAAUAAAUAACUACUUUCUAUUCAGAACUUUUUAAUUUUGUGCCAGAAGAGUCCUACAGUAUGAAGCAUUUGUUCAGGUCUGUCUUAAGUGAGGUUGUAUUGAUGAUUUGAUGAUUCAAGAAGGAAGAAUUUACUCUUUGAAGAAGAGUAGGAAAAUCACUGUUUCCUAAUCCUGAAAUGUAUGUUUCCAACUCAUAUGAGUAGAGUGAGGGGACUGUGAAAAAACUACACCCCCUAGCAGCUCUUGUCAGCCAGCUUAGCAUACACCACUAGUACAGAGUUUUAAGGCAGCCUGCCCUGGAGCAGAUGAGCUGCAUCACUGCUCAUCAUUGGUUUUGGUGACUGACUGUUAGUGGAGGGACCCUUCAAAAGCAGAGAUGAUUGAAAGGAGCUUUGCACAGAGCAAUUUAAAACAGAAACUAUGUUGGUUUUGUUUGCUGCUGUGUUGGUUUUUUGGCUUUUUUUUUUUUUUUUUGGUUGGUUGGUUUUUUUCAAAAAGCAUUUAUGAAAGCCUCAUACCUGCCUCAAAACCUUAUUUCACUGUUAGAAUCAUCAUCAAAAUCUACAGGGAAUUCAAAUUUGUUUAAGAUAAACAUCUGCAUAUCUAAUCUUUUUUUCUUAAAAAGGGGCUGAGUUUCCAGUCAUUCUACACAUUUGUAAGCCUAAGAUCAGUGCCAGUAAAUAUUCCAUACAGCAACGUGGCAACUCCUGAAGUGAACUGCUGCCUGUGUAAACUUGGAGAAAUUGUAGUUACUUCCCAGAAUAAGGAAUAACUGCAUCUCCUACUGUUCCUGAGCUAGGAAUUCCCCUCAUAAUCCCCCUUCCCAAACUGAGGUUUUGUAUUACAAAAUACCCACAUUGCAGAAUGUUUGUGUAAUGUAGCUUGUGUUCACAGAUAUUCAGAAAUAAAGGACAGCCAGUUUGUGA